GAGCGGAACUUCUCUCAGCUCAAGGUUACCUCCUCGUGGCCCAGUCGGAGCGCAGCCCCUGGCCCCGUGCGCCCCUUACCCGAGAUCCGCAGCUUCCUCCGGGUGUCUGUAGCCGGCGGCAGUGGCGCGCGCAGCUGGAGCGGCAGGUGUAGUGGCUGCUGUGCAGUGAGUGUCCUCGCGGAGGUCCUGCUUUCGGGAGCCAGGGACUUGCAGGGUUCUGCCGCUGGUGAGAGAUGGCCAACUCAGAGACUGACCCCAAGGGAAAGGAGCGUGCCAGUGACCACGGCAUCCAUCUUGGCAAUCCACACCUGGCCGGGAUGAAGGAGGACAUCCUCUACCACCUGGACCUCAGCACCAGCGCGCACGACCUCCCGGCCAUGUUUGGGGACGUGAAGUUCGUGUGUGUGGGCGGCAGCGCCUCCCGGAUGAAGGCCUUCAUCCAGUACGUGGGCUCGGAGCUCGGCCUCAGCCGCCCGGGCGAGGACUACCCCAACAUCUGCUCGGGGACCGACCGCUACGUCAUGUACAAAGCGGGCCCUGUGCUGUCCGUCAGCCACGGGAUGGGCAUCCCCUCCACGUCCAUCAUGCUGCACGAACUCCUCAAGCUGCUGUACCACGCGCGCUGCUCCGGCGUUGCCAUCAUCCGCAUCGGCACGUCCGGCGGCAUAGGCCUGGAGCCCGGCUCCGUGGUCAUCACCCAGCAGGCGGUGGACGCCUGCUUCAAGCCGGAGUUCGAGCAGAUGGUGCUGGGGAAGCGGGUCGUGCGCAGCCCCGUCCUGGAUGCGCAGCUGGCGCAGGAGCUGCUGCAGUGCUCCAAGGACCUGAAGGACAUCCCGACGGUCCUGGGCAACACCAUGUGCACCUCGGACUUCUACGAAGGCCAAGGCCGCCUGGACGGUGCUCUGUGCUCCUACACGGAUAAAGAGAAGCAGGAGUAUCUGCGGGCGGCCCACGCGGCCGGCGUCCGCAACAUUGAGAUGGAGUCGACCGUCCUCGGUGCCAUGUGCAGUGCCUGCGGCGUCCCAGCGGCCGUGGUGUGCGUCACCUUACUCGACCGCCUGCAGGGGGACCAGGUCAGCAGCCCCCACGAGGUGCUGGUGGAGUACCAGCAGCGGCCGCAGAAGCUGGUCACCCACUUCAUCAAGAAGCGGCUGGGGAUGGCCUGAAGUCCUCACGUCUCGACAAUGAGCGUCCUUGGUGCUGCAAAUAAAGUCCCGCCCAGAUCCUU